AUGUCGAUUUUCCUUAUUCAUAUUUUCUUGAUAUCUUCAGCAUUAACUUUAAAAAUAAAGUUUAAUACAAAUCGUUAUAAUAACAUAGUUAUCUUUGGUGAUUCAUAUUCAGAUACUGGAAAUACUUAUAAAUUAACAAAUUAUGUAUGGCCUACUGUUCCACCUUAUUAUCAAGGUCGAUUUUCUAAUGGUCCUAAUUGGGUUGAUAGAUUAGAUAUCAAACAGAAAUUUAAUUAUGCUUAUGGUAGUGCAACAACGGAUAAUAAUUUUAUAAAAGGUCAUACACUUCUAAACACAAUUGCCGUUCCAGGUAUUCGUCAACAAGUUCAAAUGUAUUUAAAUCAUACUGAUAAAAAUACAAUUACUCAUAAUCGUACACUCCACAUUAUAUGGGCUAGUGGAAAUGAUUUUGUUUUCGAUCAUACUGUAACACCAAUACAAAUUAUUCAUAGUUUAAUGAAUUCAAUUAAAGAUUUAUUAGCUGUUGGUGCAAAACAUUUUCUUAUAUUUAAUCAAACACCUGUACAAACACUUCCAUAUGUCAAUAGAUUUCAUCAAUCAAUAUUUUUUACUUUAUUGACAAUCCUAACUAAUAAUAUUCUAUUCGAAAAUCUUAAUACAAUACAAAAAUCUUAUCCAACAAGUUCUAUACAAAUAUUUGAUACAUAUUCAUUGCUGACAAAAAUCAUUGCAAAUCAAUCUAGGAUGAAGUUUUCAAAUACUAUCGAUCGAUGUUGGAAACAAUUUAAUACUACAACAGUGAUAGAAUUAUGUCAAGAUCCAACAAAAUAUGUUUUUAUAGAUAAUUUUCAUCUUACAACUAAUGUACAUGAAUUAAUUGCUGAGGCUAUAGAACCAUUUUUAUCACUUAAAUAUUCAUAA